AUGGGGCUGUCAGCCGCCAACAACCACCACAGGCGGCGCAGCUCGGUGCUUACAGGGGCAAACCGACCGGGACCGCCGGGGUCCUCGGAACAGAGGGAAGAAAGUCUCCGACCAGGAGAAGAUAGAUCCAAAUGGGACGAACAAGAGCCUUUAACAGCUGAUGAGACCGAUGCGUCUGAUAAUUCAGGCGUACCGAUAGAGUCUCACGAGUUGGAUAUGAGCUCGGAUGAUGAUCAAUAUGAUGAGGAAACAGGCCUUACAGCACAUCAGAAACGUCAGCGACGUCGACGGCGCAGGCAACGCCGCAAACUGGAUGCUCGUAUCGCAGACACCAAAUCAUCAAAUGGCAUCAUGCAGCUUGGUCUGGCAGAUCGCAAUGUGGCCAAGAAGCUCAUGGUCAAUGGAGGCUUGAUCCUAAUGUGGUAUUUCUUCUCGUUGUCCAUCUCCAUUUAUAACAAGUGGAUGUUCUCCGAUGAAGAAAAGAUCUUCCCUUUCCCUUUAUUCACCACUAGCCUGCACAUGGCCGUCCAAUUCACAUUCUCUGCUCUUUUACUAUAUAUCUUCCCAUCUUUGCGCCCGCAGCAUCCACCGAGUUCUGCCAUGAACUCGCCGAUCGAUCGCGAUGAGUCCGAGCCAAUCCUCACAAAAUUCUUCUAUCUUACCCGCCUCGUCCCUUGCGGUGCAGCCACAUCCCUCGACGUUGGCCUCGGCAACAUGUCAUUAAAAUUCAUUUCCCUCACCUUCCUCACAAUGUGUAAAUCUUCCGCACUCGCCUUCGUCCUCCUUUUUGCUUUCCUGUUUCGCCUCGAGUCGCCCUCGGUGAAAUUGAUCUUGGUUAUCGCCACAAUGACGAUUGGUGUGGUGAUGAUGGUCGCUGGCGAGACUGCAUUCAAUGCGCUUGGAUUCACGCUUGUCAUCGCUUCUGCCUUCUUUUCCGGUUUCCGAUGGGGUUUAACGCAAAUCCUUCUGCUUCGCCAUCCAGCAACGUCCAAUCCCUUCUCAACUCUCUUCCUCCUAACGCCCGUCAUGUUUGUUACUCUCAUAGUUAUCUCUCUGGCCGUGGAAGGCCCGAAUGCGAUUCAUCACGGCUUUCUUAAACUUGCCGAUCUUUAUGGAACCCUCCAGGGGACCUGUCUACUUAUAUUCCCCGGAAUUUUAGCCUUCUGUAUGAUCUCAUCUGAGUUCGCACUGCUGAAGCGCUCCUCCGUGGUUACCUUGAGUAUCUGCGGUAUCUUCAAGGAAGUCGUCACGAUCAGCGCUGCAGGUAUUAUCUUCCACGACAAGUUGACUGCUGUCAAUAUCACUGGUCUCGUGGUGACCAUUGGCAGUAUCGCCUGCUACAACUAUAUGAAGAUUUCUUCCAUGCGCCAGGAGGCACAGGACAGCUGGAGCCGUGAAGGUAGCCCAGAGUCCGAUACAGAGGAUACCGACCCAAGCGGCGGUGAGACCAGCGAUCACAACCGUGCCGAUAAUCCCCGGACGGGUCUUCUCAGCUCUGUACCUAGUGACCACCUCGACGACGACUUGCAUGCGUCGGGCUCAGGUGACCAGCGGCGUUCAUUCCGUGUCCGUGCGGGCGGCGCUAUGCAAGGGCUGUCCAUUUCCACCUCCACCAUCCCAGAGGAUGAUGGUCCAAGCUCUCCCAUUAAAUCUGCCCCUCCGACAAUCACCUCGAUGUCCCAGACUUUCCACACAUUACAAGCGCCUGCGCGACACGCAUCUCCAGAUCUCUACUCUACUCAAUCCAACUCACCAGUACGGCAACCAACCCCUGCCAACAACUAG